GAAGUGUAAAAAGUGGAAAUUUUAGUUUUUGAAGAAAAUUCUUUGAGUUGAUCAAAUAUGAAAAGAAAUAGACAAAGAAGAAAGACAACAUGAAGCUGCUGCAGGAAAUGGAAACAAUACAGAUGGUAUUUAACAAGAAUGGAGGAGUUAAUGUUUUGUGAGCUUUAAGCAAAAUUUGCAUUGUACACACUGUAAUAAGCAUAGGUUCCACAAAGCUUGUGGGUGUUGAUUUCCCCAGAAAUUGCUAACUGAAGCAAAUAUUACUUAAGUAAAUACUUUGAUGAUAAGCUAUGUGAAAAUAACCUUUAGAUAAUAUGACCGUAUAACUAUUUUAAUUACUUUGUUUACUAGAAUUAAAUGAGGUUAAUUUGGACAUUAUAUUAAAGUGCUUAUAAGGAAGGAAGCCUGCCUUAAAUUUUUUUUUACUCUUGCGGCAUAAUCGGUAAUUGGCCUAAUAGCCAUACUACAUAGCUUGUAACCAAAAGCAAAUUAAAGGCAUAAUUUAUAUAUUGUGUAGUUGCUUAGAAUUUUGAGAACAUAAGCCUCCUUGAAAAAUCAAAAAGUUUUAACAUUUUUCAAAAAGCCGUCCAUUUUUCAAGUGUUUAGGUAGAAUUAAACCUAAAAGAGUUACUACCUAGUAGUUUAGGAGAGAGAUUCUGUCUGAAUGUCAGCUUAGAUAUAAUUCUAGUAAAGAAGGACUAGUAAAUUCUACAUAAGUAGGACUUUAUCAUUUCAUUCCUUUUGGUGGUGAAAAUCUAGUGUGAAGAGUUGAGAAAUUUCAUGUGAAGGUUUCAGCCAUCAAAAAGUGUUACAACCUACUCAUGCACAAAACUACCUCCCAAAGACUUGUUCCUGGUCCCUCGUAUCAAAAAGUUAAGAGUAUAAUGGAAGAUAGCACGAUCUUGUCAAAUUGGACCAGCGACAACCAACAAAAAAUGAAGUAUGACUUUUCAUGCGAACUCUAUAGAAUGUCUACGUAUUCAACUUUCCCCAGUGGUGUUCCUGUCUCAGAAAGGAGUCUUGCUCGUGCUGGUUUUUAUUAUACUGGUGUAAAUGACAAGGUCAAAUGCUUCUGUUGUGGCCUGAUGCUGGAUAACUGGAAACAAGGAGACAAUCCUAUCGAAAAGCAUAAACAGCUAUAUCCUAGCUGUAGCUUUAUUCAGAAUCUGGUUUCAGCUAGUCUGGGAUCCACCUCUAAGACUACAUCUCCAAUAAGAAACAGUCUUGCACAUUCAUCAUCACCCACUUUGGAUCAGAGUGGCUCAUUCAGGGGUUCUUAUUCCAACCUUUUACCAAACCCUCUUAAUUCUAGAGCGGUGGAAGACUUCUCUCAAUUGAGAACCAAUCCCUACAGUUAUGCAAUGAGUACUGAAGAAGCCAGAUUUCUUACUUACCAUAUGUGGCCAUUAACCUUUUUGUCACCAUCAGAACUGGCAAGAGCUGGCUUUUAUUAUAUCGGACCUGGAGACAGGGUAGCUUGCUUUGCCUGUGGUGGGAAGCUGAGUAACUGGGAACCAAAGGAUGAUGCUAUGUCAGAACACCGGAGACAUUUUCCCAACUGUCCAUUUUUGGAAAAUUCUCUAGAAACGCUGAGGUUUAGCAUUUCAAAUCUAAGCAUGCAGACACAUGCAGCUCGAAUGAGAACAUUUAUGUACUGGCCCCCUACUGUUCCAGUUCAGCCUGAACAGCUUGCAAGUGCUGGUUUUUAUUACGUGGGGCGCAAUGAUGAUGUCAAAUGCUUUUGCUGUGAUGGUGGCUUGAGGUGUUGGGAAUCUGGAGAUGAUCCAUGGGUAGAACAUGCCAAGUGGUUUCCAAGGUGUGAGUUCUUGAUAUGCAUGAAAGGGCAGGAGUUUGUUGAUGAGAUUCAAGGUAGAUAUCCACAUCUUCUUGAACAGCUGUUGUCAACUUCAGAUACUUCGGGAGAUGAAAAUGCUGAUCCACCAAUUAUUCACUUUGGACCUGGAGAAAGUUCUUCAGAAGAUGCAGUCAUGAUGAAUACACCUGUGGUUAAAUCUGCCUUGGAAAUGGGCUUUAGUAGAAGUCUGGUGAAACAAACAGUUCAGAGUAAAAUCCUGUCAACUGGAGAGAACUACAGAACAGUUAAUGAUAUUGUAUCUGCACUUCUUAGUGCUGAAGAUGAAAAAAGAGAAGAGGAAAAGGAAAGACAAGCAGAAGAACUGGCAUCAGAUGAUUUGUCAUUAAUUCGGAAGAACAGAAUGGCUCUCUUUCAACAGCUGACGUGUGUGCUUCCUAUCCUGGAUAAUCUUUUAAAGGCCAACGUAAUUAAUAAACAGGAACAUGAUAUUAUUAAACAAAAAACACAGAUACCUUUACAAGCAAGAGAACUGAUCGAUACGGUUUUAGUUAAAGGAAAUGCUGCAGCCAACAUCUUCAAAAGCUGUCUAAAAGAAAUUGAUUCUACAUUAUAUAAAAAUUUAUUUGUGGAAAAAAAUAUGAAGUAUAUUCCAACAGAAGAUGUUUCAGGUCUGUCACUGGAAGAACAAUUGAGGAGGUUACAAGAAGAACGAACUUGUAAAGUGUGUAUGGACAAAGAAGUUUCUAUUGUAUUCAUUCCCUGUGGUCAUCUGGUAGUGUGCCAGGAAUGUGCCCCUUCUCUAAGAAAAUGCCCUAUUUGUAGGGGUAUAAUCAAGGGUACUGUUCGUACAUUUCUCUCAUAAAAGAAAUGAAGGCUAUGUAUUAGCCUGCAUAGAAAAGUCUUUAAAAUACUGUGGAACAUUUGAAGACAUCUGAGGUUAAAAAAAAAAAGGAAUGAGUGACACUCUAAUUAGUAAUAUUUGUAUUUUACUCUGCUUUGAUACUAAUAAUCUUGUUUCAAAAGAGUAUUGUUUAUCAUAUUUAAUCUUGUUUUUUUUGCAAGGGGAGUUAUGUGUUUGAUGAACUAUAUUGGUAUAUAAGUAUGGAUAUCAGAAGAAUUAAAGGAAUAGUGUCAGUGCUUGUGUACCAUUUCAGGAGUUAGGGAUUUAGUGUUCUUUCUAGCUUAAAAUGACUGGAAACCAGGAAUUCUGAAGUUCAUCAGAGUUGUGCCAAACUCUCCUAGGUGCUUUUCUCUUAUGUUGUAAAAUAAGGAUUUUGAUCUUCCUGGUAAACAAGCUUUCCUGUAUUUAGUGAUAAACAUCUUAAUAAAGUGCUUUUAUUAAAAGGA